AUGAAACGCGAGAAGAGACAACGUAUUGAGGCAAAUCCCAUCCCUCUUGACCUAGAGGAGGCUAUACUCACUAGAUUGCCUGCCAAGUCUCUUAUGAAGUUUCUAUGCGUGUCAAAGACGUGGUCUUCCAUCAUCCGAAACCAAAGGUUCGUCAAUUCUUACUACGCUAUGUCUUUUCAAUCACUUUCUGCUGCGGUUCACAAGCCAUGGUUAAUGACUGGCGUUUUGUACUUGUCUAACGCCUCCUCCUGUCAAUCUGUCCAUGGCUUAAUCGGGUGUAUUAGCAGUUUUCCGUUCAUUGUCUGUAACCCCAGCACCAACAAAUUCACUACCCUACCAUGUGCCGGGGCACGCACAUCCUGGGGAUACGAUCCUGUUGGAGAUCAAUUCAAAGCAUUGACCAUGGUGUCUUAUCCUCAUCAGCCUCAUGAUUCUCUAGUGUACGAGGUUUUAACACUUGGAGGAGGAGAAUCUUCAUGGACACGCAAUAGGUUUACCAGCCCGCCUCAUUUCACUGUUACCAAAUCAAAAUGUAUCAAUGGGUUCGUGUAUUAUGCUGCUUGGACCCCAACCCGAACCAAAAGUCCGGUGAUUGUGUGUUUUGAUGUUAGAUAUGAGAGGCUGAGCUUUAUCAAAGCGCCUAUGGCUGUUGUUUGCUGGGAGGGUGAAUCUAUUCUCAUAGAAUACAAAGCCAAGCUAGCUUCCGUUGCAAGACAUCCUCAUGCUGAUUUCCGUAGUUUUGAUUUAUGGAUACUAGAAGAUGUGACGACACAUGAUUGGUCCAAGCAAACAUUUGAGCUUCCUUUCUCUUUGGGGAUGGGUAGGAAUAUCACUUCCCCGGGCACUAACAAAGCUGGUGAAAUCAUUUUCGCACCAAAACGACUCUCAAAUGAUGUUCAACCAUACUACAUUUUUUACUACAAUGUUGAUAGAAAAGACAUGAGAAGAGUUUGGCUACUAGGAAUUGCUGACGAUGAAGAGUUUAGGCGCCGUUACAGAAUCACAGGGCAAUGUUACGUCUCCAUCUCACCCCAACACGUCGAAAGUAUUGCCUCUCUAUGA